GACCCGGGAGGAGAGGAGAGGAAAGGAGAGCUCCAACUUCCCUCUUUGCUUCUACUUGUGUCUUUCUGUCUCUUCUGAUCCACCAAUGCGAGGAUUUUAUUUCUGUUCUCACUCUUAUUCUCCCAGCCGUCCCGAACUAAGGAAACCCGGUUUAAGGACCAGACGGGAGUAUGUAAAAUAACCUGCACGACUGAGCCAAACAAGAAAAAGAAGAAGAAGAAGAAGAAGAAGAAGAAGAAGAAGAAGAAGAAGAAGAAGAAGAAGAAGAAGAAGAAGAAGAAGAAAUGGAUAAACGGAGUUAUUCUCUCGUUUUGCCUGCAGCUUUCCUCUACUUUGGACUUUGGGGAUUUACUGCUGGACAAUUCUUUCCAGGUGGCUGUACGUUUGAGGAGUCAUACAGCAGCUGUGGGUACAGCGUUUCCCUCGGAACCAAUGGAUUCACCUGGGAACAAGUCAACUCCUGGGAGAAGCCCAUGGACCCUGCCCUGCCUACUGGUUCGUUCAUGGUGGUGAAUGCGUCAGGGCGGGCGUCGGGGCAGAAGGCUCACCUUUACAUGCCCACCCUGAAGGAAAAUGACACCCACUGCAUCGACUUUCUGUACUCUCUCUCCAGUCGGGACGGAAUCAGCCCGGGCACGCUCAACGUCUACAUCAAGGUGAAUGGAGGCACUCAGGGUAACCCAGUGUGGAACACCUCUGCUAUUGCUAAUGAAGGCUGGGCGAAGACAGAGCUGGCCAUUUCUACAUUCUGGCCUAACUCCUAUCAGGUAAUAUUUGAAGCGGUUUCAGUUCAAGGCCGUCCAGGUUUGAUCGCCAUCGACGACAUACGAGUUCUGGCUCACCCCUGCCGUAAAGCUCCUCACUUCCUGCGUCUGCAGAAUGUGGAGGUGAACGUGGGUCAGAAUGCUACGUUUCAGUGUACUGCUGGAGGGAAGUGGUCUCAGCACGAUAAACUCUGGCUACAGCAGUGGAACGGUAAGGACACGGCACUGAUGGUGACCCGGGUGGUAAACCACCGGCGUUUCACUGCAACCGUAAGCGUUGGCGACACAUCGCAGCGCAGCACCAGCCGCUACCGCUGCGUCAUCCGAUCUGACGGCGGGUCAGGGGUGUCCAACUACGCUGAACUCAUCGUUAAAGCUCCUCCCACCCCCAUCGCUCCACCUGAGCUCCUCGCUGUCGGGGCCACUUACCUUUGGAUCAAACCCAACGCCAACAGCAUCAUCGGCGACGGGCCCAUCAUCCUGAAGGAGGUGGAGUACCGAACCACCUCAGGAAACUGGGCGGAGACCCACAUGGUAGACUCCCCUACCUACAAACUGUGGCAUCUGGACCCCGACGUGGAGUACGAGAUCAAAGUCCUGCUGUCCAGACCUGGGGAGGGAGGAACGGGCCCCCCGGGGCCGCCGCUGGUCACAAGGACCAAAUGUGCAGAUCCGGUCCAUGGUCCCCAAACUGUCAACGUGGUGGAUGUCAGAGCCCGGCAGCUGACUAUACAGUGGGAGACGUUUGGGUAUGCAGUGACACGCUGCCACAGCUACAAUCUGACGGUGCAGUACCAGUAUGUGUUCAACCAGCAGGAGUUUUCAGCAGAGGAGUUGAUCCAGACAUCGUCACAUUACACUCUGAGGGGGCUCCGGCCUUUUGUGGAGGUCAGACUGAGGCUGGUGCUGGCCAACCCCGAGGGCAGCAAGGAGAGCGAGGAGAUAGUCAAACAUACAGAGGAGGACGUGCCUGCCUCAGUGCCGAUGGAGUCCCUGCAGAACACGCCCUACGAAGAGAAGAUCUUCAUGCAGUGGAAAGCUCCCAAUGAGACCAACGGGGUCAUCACACUGUAUGAGAUUACCUACAAGGCCUUGAGCUCAUUUGACCCCAGCGCUGAUCUGACAACCCAGAGGGGACGGGUGUUCAAGCUGAGGAACGAGACCCAUCAUCUGUUCGUAGGCCUCUACCCAGGAACCACGUACUUCUUCACCCUCAAAGCCUCCACCAACAAGGGCUUCGGUCCACCAGUCACCACCCGCAUCAGCACCAAGAUAGCAGCCCCCAUGAUGCCAGAGUAUGAGUCCGAGGCUCCACUGAACGAGACGGAGACCACCAUCACCAUCCUGCUGAAGCCCGCCCAAUCACGUGGAGCACCCAUCACCUCCUACCAGCUUGUUGUGAAGGAGGAGCGCAAGUCAAAGACCCGCCGCGCCGCCUCCGAAGCCCCAGAGUGUUUCUCCGCCCCUGUCAGCUUCCGCAAUGCCUCCAUCUUGGACUCUCCCUACUACAUCGCUGCCGAACUGCCCCCAUCCAGCCUCACAGUGGUACAGCCCUUCACUGUGGGAGACAACAAGAGCUACGGAGGUUUCUGGAAUCCCCCGCUGUCCCCGGCCAAGAGCUACAGCAUCUACUACCAGGCCAUGAGCAGAGCCAAUGGGGAAACCAAAAUCAACUGUGUCCGCCUGGCUAACAAAGUGGUAAUAGGUAGGGGACAAAUAACAACGCCGUACAUUCUAGUCAUCCCAAGCGAAGGUGCAUCUACCCAGGACUCGGAUGCGAUGGAGCCGGAGAAGCAGGUGGACAGCACGGUGAAAAUGGCCGGAGUGAUCGCAGGGAUCCUCAUGUUCAUCAUCAUCCUCCUCGGGGUCGUCCUCACCUUCAAACGCAGAGAGAUUCACACAUGGAGAACUCUGAGCGUGGGGAAGUUGGCAAAGAAGCAGAAAGAGACGGCCAGCAGCUCCACCCAGCAGAGGGAGAUGGGCCCGGUCACCACGGCUGAUAAGAGCACCACCAAGGUCAGCACGCUGCACAAAGACGACCCCUUCUCCACCUCCAACCAGGACCUCAAUGGCUUCACCUCCCCCUCUACCUGCUCAUUCUCUGUGCAGGGAGGCAAGACACUGCAGAGCAAAUCCCUGCUGAAUUCCUACUACUCAGUGUCUAAAGAGCCAGUUCCAGCCACAACUUCCAUAGACAGUAGCCAGGCGUCGCUCGCCCAGCCCUCUCUGACCCUUCAGAGUUUUCCUUACGGAGGCUGUGAGUCUGUGGAGAUCUCCUACCAGAGCGGUCAGUUCCAGGCGGGUCAGUUUCAGCCGGCUAUUCGAGUCGCAGACCUCCUGCAGCAUAUCACCCAGAUGAAGUGUGGACAGGGCUACGGUUUCAAGGAGGAAUAUGAGGCCCUGGCGGAGGGACAGACGGCGCCCUGGGAGACGGCCAAGAAGGACGAGAACCGCAACAAGAAUCGCUAUGGCAACAUCAUCGCUUACGAUCACACCAGAGUCCGACUGCAGCUGCUGGAAGGAGACCCCCACUCUGACUACAUCAACGCCAAUUACAUUGACGGGUACCACAGACCCAGACAUUACAUCGCCACACAAGGGCCCAUGCAGGAGACGGUGAGGGAUUUCUGGAGGAUGGUCUGGCAGGAGAACUCAGCCUCUAUCGUCAUGGUUACCAACCUGGUUGAGGUGGGCAGGGUGAAGUGUGUGCGUUACUGGCCGGAUGAGAUGGAGGUUUAUGGAGACAUCAAGGUGACCCUGAUAGAAACUGAACCGCUGGCUGAGUACGUCAUAAGGACAUUCACCGUCCAAAAGAAGGGUCAUCAUGAGAUCCGUGAACUCCGUCAGUUCCACUUCACCAGCUGGCCCGACCACGGCGUUCCCUGCUACGCCACCGGACUGCUCGGCUUCAUACGGCAGGUCAAGUUCCUCAACCCGCCUGACGCUGGGCCCAUAGUGGCACACUGCAGUGCCGGUGCAGGGAGGACAGGCUGCUUCAUUGCAGUGGACAUCAUGUUGGACAUGGCAGAGAAUGAAGGCGUGGUGGACAUCUUCAACUGCAUCCGAGAGCUGAGAUCACAACGAGUCAACAUGGUGCAGACAGAGGAGCAGUACGUGUUCGUUCAUGAUGCCAUCUUGGAGGCGUGUCUAUGUGGGAAUACAGCCAUACCAGUGUGUGAGUUCAGAGCCAUUUACUACAACAUCAGCAGACUGGACCCACAGACCAACUCCAGCCAGAUUAAAGAUGAGUUCCAGACUCUGAACAUCGUGACCCCCAGAGUGCGUCCAGAGGACUGCAGUGUUGGCUUGCUACCCAGGAACCACGACAAGAACCGCAGUAUGGACGUUCUAUCAGCAGACCGAUGCCUGCCUUUCCUCAUAUCUGUGGACGGAGAGAGUUCCAAUUACAUCAACGCUGCGUUAAUGGACAGCCACAAACAGCCAGCGGCCUUCAUUGUUACCCAGCAUCCUUUGCCAAACACCAUGGGCGACUUCUGGAGGCUGGUGUUCGAUUACAAUUGCUCAUCCAUCGUAAUGCUCAAUGAGAUGGACACAGCGCAGUUAUGUAUGCAGUACUGGCCAGAAAAGAGCUCAUGUUGCUACGGUCCCAUUCAAGUGGAAUUCAUAUCGGCAGACAUUGAUGAAGACAUCAUCAACCGAAUCUUCAGGAUCUGCAACAUGGCCAGGCCUCAGGACGGUUACCGCCUGGUGCAGCACUUUCAGUUCAUUGGCUGGCCGGCCUACAGGGACACGCCUCUCUCCAAACGCUCCAUCCUCCAAUUGGUGAGAAGGCUGGCAAAGUGGCAAGAGCAGUAUGACGGAGGAGACGGCAGGACGGUGGUGCAUUGCCUUACGGGCGGAGGGCGUUCCGGAACGUUCUGUGCCAUCUGCAGCAUCAACGAGAUGAUCCAGCAGCAGAACAUCGUGGAUGUUUUCCACACCGUCAAAACACUGAGGAACAACAAGACCAACAUGGUGGAGACUAUGGAGCAGUAUAAGUUCUGCUAUGAAGUGGCUCUGGAGGCGCUCAGCUCCUUCUGAUUGGCUGUGGGCUGAAAUCCUCUUUUCUGAUUCGACGCUGACCAUCACUCUCAACGCGACACUUGGUACACACAGACUGACUGCUUUGUGUUGACCCAACCCGACCUGUGAGCAUGUGUGCCUGUGUGUGUGUGUGUGUGUGUGUUUGAGAGUUUGUGCACGUGAUUCUGUGUGAAUAAGAGAGGGCAUGCUUGCACAUUUGAGUGUGUGCGUGUGCAUCUACGUGUGUGCCUAUGACAACACAUACACACAACCUGUACAGAAGAGCAAAAAGCGACUUACACACACACUGGUGAUUUUCGUGUGUGUGUGUUCGCUUCAGCGAGACUGUGAACUUUACAUGCUUGUACAAAGAAAACAGAAAAAAUGAUAUGUUAAAAAAGAAAACAAGAUGUUUAAAAAAAAGCGCCGCUUUUCCUUCUCUAUCUCUCUGUCCUCUCUGCUGGGCUGUGAUGUGACUAUUGUACAGUAUUUCCUUUUUAGAUAUAUUCUACGCCUUGAAUGUUGUCUCCCUGUGAAGGCUGGAUGCACACUGGAAGAUUUUUACUUUUAGCUUAAAGUGAAGAGAUGCAUCAAACCUGCUUUUUGGAGAGUAUAAAAUAAAGCUUGUUUUGCUGAGAUGUUGACCAAAGGUUACGAACCUAUGGUGGCCUUCAGGGGCAAACGCGCUACAACAGCCCAAAAUAAUUACAUUAGAAGAAACGUGCUGCAUUUUAAAAAAGCAAAUAUAAAAACACAAAUGUGCUGUAACACAUGCAACACAUGCACUUUGCACCAUUCACUGAGAGCCCUGCAUAAACACAAGGCUGUUGCAAGAAGCUCAAAACAAAAUGGAAACUGGAAACCUAAAAAGGGAUGUGCACAGCUUGGACUGGAGCUUUAUCGAAUUUGGCAGAGUUAGCAUGUUUCAUAAGUGUUAUCAGUAUAUCUGAAAUGACUAGGUUAGCUACGUUUGCUAGCUAGCUUACAGCAGAUCAGAAAUAAUAUCAGAAGGAAUCAUGCGAUCACAUUGUUAAAAUAAGCAGAUACAACUUACAUUUCAGAUGAGUUUCCAGUGACAGUUUCUCCUCCUGUUAGUGUGUUGGGGCAUUGUAGCGCGUUUGCACCUGUCGGCCUCCGUAGGAGCGUGAUAAAGCAAAAAACAAGAGACCACUGUUCUCUGAAAUCACACACAGAGACAUUUCCUUGUUGCCAGGACCACUUCACUGCAUCAAUGUUAAGUGCUAAGCAUACUUUUUUUGUAAAUUGUUGCUUUUCAAGGAAAGAGCUGAUUGUAAUUACUAGUAAAAACAGGAAGAAGUAGCAUUUAAGAAGAUAUAGUGAGUGAAGUCCGGUGCAUGGUGGAGAGGAGCAUUGGCAUUACACAGACAAAAGAAAAAUAAAAAUAAUUAGUUUGCCUUUAAGAUUAUAUUUUGUUGUCUCUGCUACAGAUUUUUACAUUGGGGCUUUAUGAAAAAGAAAAAAAAAAGGUUUCAUGAAUGUUUUUGGAUGGCUUUAUCUUAUAGUGUGCAUCCCCCUUGCUGUAAAUAAGAUAAGACAACCACAGUCAAACAAACAAACAAACAGACAAACAUCAUGCGCCAGACACAAACAAAGGUUAUCAUUUCCAAACAUUAUAAUUUUCAGCGACUUGGUAUUAUAGUUUGGAACAAAGUUACUUAAAAAACAGUCCAAUUAGACACAUAUUGUUUAAAAAAUGAAGAUAUAUAUAUUUUUGCAUAUUGCACAUUAAGCCGCCGCCCACAUCUGUGACUUACGAUAAGGAAGCAAUGAUGUUUUUUUUCAUCAAGUAGACUUUUUCAAACACUCAUGAUAAAACUGAAAAAUGCAUUUAAUCGUUCCAGAUGUAAAACUAAAGAACAUUUAACUUAUUUGACUUUGUUGUGUUUUUGUGGUUCCAAAAGUUUGAUUUGACUUUGAAAUGCUGAAAGGACAUUGAACAAACUGGGAUGAGUUAUUAAAUGAAAUCAGAUUAACCUAACCCUGUCCGUCCCUGCUGAACUGCAGGCAGGCAAAAGCAAUCAAUCAAAGAGUGUGCAGUAGCUUGUAGCUUUAUAACGUUAGAGCUGUGUUUUGUAGCUUUUGAUUAUAUUACCCGGGCCGUGAAAAAUAUGUUUCCUUUUUUCAAUGGGGUUUAUUUUCACAUUUGUGCCCAUUUGUUUUUUAAAUGACCUGAAGCAGCUUAGUUUAACAGCAUUCAUCUGGGUGGAAGCAAAAGGCAAGAAAUCAUAACAUCUUUGCACACAUUUAUCAAAUAUAUAUUGCUAUCAGACAAAACUGAUCUUUGGAAUACCUUCGGAAAUGCAAAUCUGACAUGACUGCAGUAGAAACGUUAACCGUGCUAAUUAAAAUGAUAGACUUGUUAAGUGUCCUUGAAUGAAAUCAGAUCCAUUACCCAUGACCUUUUUUUUUAUGUAUACUACAUUCCGGAUUAUUUUCAGAAAAACAGAAGCUUAGAAAUCAGACGGUCACCUAGCCUAGCCGGGUCACAUUCACUUUUCCUCUGCAAACAAAGCCUCACAUUUGCUUUUGGAUAAGCCCAUUGAGGUGUGUUUGAAAAUGUGUUUGCCAAAUUACCUCGUCAGUAUAAUAGGAAAUGAUUUCUGUUGAUGAUUGACCCCUAUGUGAAGAAGGUCAACAUGGCUGACAUGCUUUGAAGUGUUGGAGUUAAUGAGAAUCAUACAGGAUGUAACGCUGACCUCAGCUUGCCCUUCGCUCCUCAUCUGAUCACAUGUGUUCCUCUUUUGUCCAUUUAGAAAAUGUAUACAAUGAAUGGAAAAGCUCAUUUUAAAGAUACACUCCCUUUUUUUGUUUUUCGAUCCCUGUGUCCACAUAGCCAGUUUUUCUGAGCACGUCUUUAUAUCAAUUGCUUUUAAUGAUGAGGAGCCACCUUGAGGAAAAGCACCCAAUGUCUUUCCUGAGCCUUUGCCGUUUUAGCUGCGGCCGUUCCAAGUGCUUCUAGUGGAAAAUAUGUCAACUUUUCAGAAAGCCAUAGAAAUUGGAGGAGAACUUUGUUUUAGCCGUUUCUUCAAUACGAUUAGUGUCAUAACAAAGACCGAAAAGCGUUUGGUUAAGCAGAUUGGACAAACGGACCCUGAAUGGUUUUACUAUCGCCAGAUCGGUUCCUCUCCGUACGUCUGUCAGAUUGAGCGGUAAAGCUCAUUCAUACAAAGUGUGAGAGCAAGCAUAUUCCAGUUGGCUGUAAUAGUCAGAAAUCAAUUACAAGCAAGUGUAAAGUCGCCCAAAUAGAUACCAAAAAGCAAUGGGGCUAGUUAGUCAUACAGAAUUGGUGAUUUGUUUUUUAAGUUAUCAUUAUCCUAGAAACGUUCAUUAAAGGCUUUGAAAGGUUUAUUUUUGAAAGAAAUCUGAAACACACACUAAGUGGACACAGGGUCUUUGGAAUUGUUUGUCAUUCUUUCGGGAUUAAAGCCAAGUCACUGGAAAGUCUGACAUAUACUAACUACAGGAAAAAGACAGCAGAUCAAACGCAUCAUUUUGGAAAGGCAGUGAAUCUGUUACUGAAGAAUCAUUGUGUAAAAUUGUAUCCCCAUAAUUACCUUUAUGUCAGGCGUCAAUUUAUACCGGCAUGUGUCAGUAUUUUCACACAAUGGAUAAACCAGUUUGGAAUGAAACUUCACAUUUCACAAAGGUCUCUAAUGAACAUCUAUUUAGUUAGUAAAGUUCGUAGCUUUUAAUUCUCUUGGACAGAACCGGCGUACUUGUGGCAAACUGUUCAGUCUGCGCUUGAUUUUUGUUGUUGUUGCUGGAGUCGUACCAGGCUCACUAAAGGACCUAUCUCGACAGAGACUGUAAAAGUGUUGUAUUGAAGAUGAUGUAAAAGCCAGAAGCAUUUUCAUUUUAAAAGGCUUUAUUUUAUUGGCUUGGUUCCUGGCCGUUCAUCUGUAUUAUAUAUUUUGUUUGUUUUCUUUUGGGAUUUUUUUUUAUGUCCUGAAUUUGUACAUUUCUUUUGUAUAAUUAUUAUUCUGAUGAUUAUUUGUCUAGCAGUGCUGUUUAGAUCUGGUGAUGCCAUUACCAUUGGUUGUUUAGUUGUUUGAAAUGUGGUUAACAUGAAAUAAA